AUGGCAACUCGAGCAGGUCUGGUGUUCGUUGCUUUUGCAGCAGGCACCUAUGCCCGCAACGAAUGCUCGGCCGAGGAGACGCGGUUGCUGCAGAUUGCGCGGGCGAGGACCCUCACCAACGCCGACGGAUCGCUUCCAGGAGACAUGUCUGGAGAUGCAAGACAGAAUGAGUACUGGCAGUGUGACCGCAUGUGCCGCUAUGUCUAUGGAUUCUUCGACCGCUAUAUUGUCGGCACAUGGGUGAAAGAUCCGAACGGAGUGAAGCAGAAAUCCUGCCUGUGCAAACGUGGAGCAACAGAGUUGGGCAAUGCUUCCUUUGCAGAGACGAGAUAUAGAACCUUGUCGCCAACAGGCAUAUCCGGUCGGAAAGGCGUCUUCCAAUACGCGGUGCCGUACAACACAUCGAACUACUGGUCUGGUGCAGAGGGCGCGUAUACGGAUGGCCCGCCGAUUUAUUCGACCCGGAUGGUAUGCGCAAUCAGUUCGAUGUCGGACAUGUCCGCGCGACCUGUGACAUAUGCGGCCGUGGAUGAUGUCCCGGUUGGCCACUGUGCUUCACUGUGGCACCUGCGGCGCCUGCAGCUCUCCGUACGAUCAGCGCAUCAUUUACCUUACUCGAAACAACAUCACUAA